GCAGAGGGGGCCGUGGUUGACGGCGCUUCUGUCGUCACUGGAGGGGCGAGCUUCUCCACGACGAGCGCCUUCAGCUCUGUGGCGUUCAGCAGCAGGCUGUACAGAAAAAUGUUCGUCAGCAUCAUGUCGUUCCCUGCGCCCCCCGCACUACCCCUCGCCGCCCCCAAAAAGUACGUGCGCCAACUCAUCCUGCGGCGGCAGCAGUAUUUCUUCGGCCCGCCCCAUCGCCCGCGUCCGUCGUGCUGCCGGGAACCGACGCAGGCACGAGAGUGCCCCCCAGCGGCCCCACCCUCUCGCCGUCAACGUAGGCGCUGCCGCUGGCGUCCCAGACCGCCAGUGCCACCUGGCACGCCGCCCCCUCCCUACACGGCGGCGCUGCCGCACUCACGCCUCCCCUGUCGCCUGUCCGCCAGCGCUUGUUACCGUCCUAGCUCGGGCUCAGCUCCUGCACGUGCCGGCCCACGCCCACCAAAGCUGUACGCCGGCGCCCUCGCCCGCUCAACCACCGGCCACACAAUCCGCGACGCGGGCCCCGUCAGGUUAAAGCCGUCGGCAAUCCUUGCCGCGCCACUCACCGCAGCGUUCAUACAACGGCAAUCGCCGGCCCAUUGGGUGGCAUUCCCAGCACCGGACAAAAAACAACCAACCCAUCCGCAGGCACGGGAGAGCUGCAGGCUGCCCAGCCAUGUGACCCGCUGCAGCUGCUCAGUGAGGGGCACAAGAAAAAGGCUGCUUGUCUCAUUGUCCCUUCUCUCGCACACGGCAAACAAGUUAUCAUCCUUUGCGUACAGCAAAGCACUGAAGCCGUGA